GUAAAAGUCACGUUGGAAGGAAAACGGGAGAGAGAUAUCUCCUUACAGCUGCUGUCAGAUAUCCGAUCGCGUUCGCAUGGCGAGGGGGUAACCUGAUCGAGCUGGGAGGAGUGACUCUACAAGGGAAGGCUUGAACAAAAAAAAUGUCUUCUUCUUCUGCCGGAGAGGUCACAACAGCAAAUGACAUCAAGAGGGAAAAUGUGAAGGAGGUGGAUACACGGGAGUGUAUCAAGCUUGUGGCGCUGGACGCAGCGGAGUUGUCCAUGGAGCGCGCGGCUCCCAACACUGACGCGGUGCGCACAGAGCUGUUGGUGAGCGCCGCUUCCUCUCUUGCGUUCUCUCCGGAGCAAGUAGCGUGCGUCUGUGAGGCGCUCCAACAGGGGGGCAAUGUGGACCGGCUGGCCAGGUUCUUGUGGUCUCUGCCACAGAGCGACCUGCUCCGCGGCAACGAGAGCAUCCUAAAAGCCCAAGCUCUGGUCGCGUUCCACCAGGCUCGGUAUCAGGAGCUUUAUAGUAUUCUGGAGAACCACAGUUUCAGUCCGUCCAACCACACCUUUUUGCAAGAUCUGUGGUACAAGGCCCGGUACACCGAGGCGGAGAAGGCGCGGGGAAGACCCCUGGGCGCCGUGGACAAGUACCGGAUCCGGAGAAAGUACCCUCUCCCCAGGACUAUCUGGGACGGCGAGGAGACAGUUUAUUGUUUCAAGGAAAGGUCACGAAACGCGCUGAAGGAUCUCUAUAAUCAAAAUAGGUACCCGUCUCCAGCUGAGAAAAGAAACCUCGCCAAGAUAACAGGACUCUCCCUGACCCAGGUCAGCAACUGGUUUAAAAACAGGAGGCAGAGAGACAGAAACCCUUCGGAGGCACAAUCAAAGAGUGAGUCGGAUGGUAAUCACAGCACAGAAGACGAGUCCAGUAAAGGCCAGGAGGAACUGUCCCCUCGGCCACUCUCCAACUCGUCAGAUGGAGUGAUAACUCAUGGGACCCUUCCCAUUCAGUCGGGACCUCUGGACAGUGGGGUUGUUAUCCAGCAGAUCGGGGACAUUAAGGUGCCUCCAGGAUCCGGUGGUGGCGGCCUGUACAAUGGAAGUCUAGCAACCAGUAACACACCCUCCACUGUCUUUCACAAUGGCGGUUCGUCUUACCUUUCUUCCCCUGGAAACAUCCUCUUCAACGGGCUCAACCUGGGCAUUCAGCCCUUGACGUUUAACCCACUGCGGUCGUCCAGUGGGGUGCUUUUAAGCGGCUCUGGGGUGGACAUGCAGAUGCAGAGUGGACAGGAGAAAGGACUGGGCAGUGGCGAGGAGUCCUCCUUACAGUACCACUCCUACUCUGGCUGCGUGAACGGGGCAGACGUGAAGGCGGAGGGGGUUCACACCAUGGCGGUCCAGAAUGGAGCCUCGUCUGUGCUGACAUUCAGCUCUCCAUCAGCUGCUCUACAGCUGGGUGGCUACAAUCUAGUCCAGGUACCGAGUGGAGUGUCAGACAAUGAUGGCGGCUCCCUGCUCAACAGCGAUGUGGGUCUACCUCCAUUGCAGCUUUCCUCAGCGUCUUCUUCCUCAACAAUUACAGAACAAGGUUCCAUGCCUCUGAAUAAUGUAGCGGUGACCUCCUCGAGCGAUGACUCAUUCCAGCAGCAGGACAAGCUGACCAUGACGUCUCUGCACCACAGCACCAUCCUCUACAGCAUGAGCAGCAGCGCCCAGCAGCCAAUCAAGAAGGAGCCCUUGGAAGCGGGCAUGUUCUCCUCGUACCACCACGGGCUCCACCUGAACCCCGGUGGUCAGAUCAGCUACAGCGACCCCAACUCGGUGGAGAUCUCCUCGAGUCACAAUGCCACCUCCACUACUGAUGCUGUCAGCUCGUCCAGCCCCGAGCCAGAAGUCUACACCACCCUGACUGUCAGCACGCCUCUGAUGGCUCAACCAGACCCUAACAACCACCACCUCCAAUCCACAGAGUACCUCAGGACCCACGAGGGCCGGCAAGGGGCCUCAUCAUCACACCUGAUCGGCCCCGGCAUGAACAGCAACUAUAUGAACCUUCCUGACAGUAAAGUGGAUGGAUCGGGGUCUGGAGGCAUGAAUGAAAUGGUGCGGGCGAUGUGCGGCGAGAUGGAAACAGUGGGAGGGAAGGAGCUAGCCAAACUACAGACAGUGCAGAUGGAUGACGACAUGGCUGACCUCUAGCCCUGCAUCUGACCCCUCACAGAGGCGCCUCACAACCUCCUGAGCAGUGAUAUGACGAUUCUUUUUACUCUUAUGUGUGAGUGUGCGUGUGUGUUUUAAACCCUUGAAUUUCCUUUAAAUUAUUUGCAUUUG